UAUCGAGUAUGUCUUGUAUGUACUAGUAUAGUUUUGUCCCUAUUUGCCGGUUUUCAAAUAAAGGCACAGUAUACAAUAAAGGUUAGGAACAAGUAAAUUGUAUUAUUUUAAAAAGUUUUGACUAGUAGAAACGAAAUGACUGCUUGGCUCCCACUUGAAUCUAAUCCAGAUGUACUGACCAAGUACAUUCACACAUUGGGAGUAUCCAAGGAUUGGGCUAUUACCGAUGUCGUUGGCUUAGAUCCUGAAAUGCUAGAAUGGAUUCCGCAGCCUGUAAAAGCGAUUAUAUUGCUUUUUCCUGUUUCUGAGGCUUACGAAAAGCAUAGGGCCCAAGAGCACGAAAGUUUAGCUGCAGAUCCCGGUAUUUUUCCGGACGACCUGUUUUACAUGCGCCAACUUACCUCAAACGCUUGCGGAACGGUUGCUCUAAUACACUGCGUGGCAAACAGUACAAGCAUUUCUCUCACCGAAGGAGUUCUGAAGAGUUUCCUUGAAAGUGUAAGGGAUUUAACACCUGAAGAGCGUGGCAAAGCUUUGGAAAAUGAUAAAUCUUUUACCGAGGGGCAUCAUGAACUUGCCAAAGAAGGCCAAACUGUUGCUGAUCCAGAGGAGAAAGUAAAUCAUCACUUUAUCGCUUUGAUCAAUAAGGACGGAACAUUGUACGAGUUGGAUGGACGCAAACAAUUUCCAAUUAAACAUGGUUCCACUUCGGAUGAAACGUUUGUGCAAGACGCUGCCAAAGUUUGCAAGGAGUUCAUGGCACGUGACCCAGACGAACUGCGAUUUACAGUAAUGGCGCUAGUCGCGUCAGAUAAUUGAACUCUGCAUUAUUAUUAUUAGUCACUUAGGAAGUGCUCUUUUCUUUAGUUAGGCUCUGCCUUAAAUUUACUCGCAAAUUUUUUUUUAUAUUGCUAAUGUAUUGGUACUUUAAGCACGCAUCUCAUUUUAAUUUAAUAAAACAUGGGAAUCGUUUGAAAAAUA